UUGGGCUGCGGAGCCUGGAUGUGGCUGGGGGGGCGGGGGGUCUGCGUGGAGCGGUUCCCUGCAGCCUGGGCCGGGGCAGGAGAGGGGCAAAGCGCACCGGCACCGGCACCAGCAGCGGGGCUCUGCCCUGCCCCAGCCAUGGCUCGCAGCAGCAGCCGCCGCCGCCCGUCCGGUUGCUAGCCCCGUGCCGGUCGGGUGGCACGCCCGGGCCUGGGCUCUGCGCUCCAUGAUGACUAUGAGCUCCCUGGCCGAGAGCCUGCUGGGGCCGGACCCCUCCAAAUCCGCUUUCCUGGAGUUCGGGCACAACCACCCACCCUCGCCCCAGCCGCCGCCGCCUUCCCCCAGCCUGGCUCAUGGCCACUACCCCCUCCACGGCUUGCACGGCUCCGGCCACGACGGGGGCCCCUUUGCACCCUACGGACGGUCCGUGGCUUACCCGUACCCCGGCUCGGCUGGCGGCACCCACCACCCGCACCAUCUCCACGGCAACCCGUACCUGUCCUACCAGCAACACGGCGCCCAGCAGCCGGCCAGCGCCCUGGGGCACCGGGGCAGACUAGAGGAGACAGAACACGAGAAAACCACCGUGAUCGAGAACGGGGAGAUCCGCCUCAACGGCAAAGGGAAGAAAAUCCGCAAGCCCCGCACCAUCUACUCCAGCCUGCAGCUCCAGGCGCUCAACCAGCGCUUCCAGCAGACCCAGUACCUCGCCCUCCCGGAAAGAGCGGAACUGGCGGCGCAGCUGGGACUGACCCAGACGCAGGUUAAGAUCUGGUUUCAGAACAAACGCUCCAAGUACAAGAAGAUCAUGAAGCAGGGCUCCAGCGUUCAGGAAGGGGAGCACCUCCACAACUCUGCAUCCUUGUCCCCCUGCUCACCCAACAUACCCCCUCUCUGGGACGUUUCCAUGGCUGGCAAAGGAGCCCCGAUCCCUCCCAACAGCUACAUCAACAGCUUUGGACCUUGGUAUCAACCACACCAGCAAGACGCCAUGCCGAGACCACAUAUGAUGUGACAGUGGGCGCUGCCUUGAUCUCUCCUUCCCGCCCACCCCCAGAAAAAGGAACGCAAGCCCUCAGCUCCUCGAGGAAUUUAUGAAACCAUCAAGUCUCCGGGAGUUCCGCUGGCCACAUGGGAAAAUUCUCCUAGGCCUUCUCCUGGCAACAUUGAACCUCUGUGAGGAGUUGAUUCUGACAUUUGCAUAGAGCAGAGGAGAGCAAAGGAAAUGAUGUUAUCCCUGCCAGGAAGAAAGAAAACCUACAAAGAAAUUGUUCAUGAGUCUGGGGACAUGUUCAGAGACUGGCUUUUUUUUCCUCCUCUGCUCCUCAGAAAUGGAAAGACGGAGGAGAUGGUCCUCAAUGGGCGUUAAUUGGUGGCAAGUCAAUGGAACUAGGACAAUUUACAUCAUCUGACAAUCUACCCCCCUUCCCCCUCUCUUGGAGAAAGACUCUCUCCCUCUCUUGGAGAAAGACUUUAUCGACUGUCCAAUUUUACCCUCCUCCCUUUUUUGUGCUGUAGGUAGCUCAUUUUAUACACAUCGACAGAUUUCUAUUUGGAAAAAUAUAUAUAUGUGUAUAUAAAUAUCUAUAUAAACUCUUCCAUACUGCAAAGCAAAUGCUCGCUCCACAUUUGAGUGUCCUGCUGUUAAUAUUUUUCAAGUGCUUUAUUACCAGGAUUAUGUUUACAGACAGUGAUUUAGAAGAGUUUGAGGAAUGUAAUUUCCCUCCAGGCCUUUUAUAAAGCAUUAAUUUUCCCCCCCUUCUCUCAUUGAAAGGCAGAAAGAGAACUUGUUCGUAUUCCGUUUCAGACACCAAACAGUGGUGAUUUCUUCCUGGAAGAAUUUGUGAUUCUAUUUGACACACAUUCUCCACAUUCAUGUAAUCUUUAAUCCCCUCCUGUCCCCCCACGUGAAGCCAUAUUUUCUCCCCUCCUGGUCUGCAAAGAUUUAUUUAUAAAUAACAUUUUGUUAUGGUGUUGUUUCUCUUUAUAAACAGGAUGUAAAACUGUA